GCCUUCGUCUCACCCUGUGGCUGUGUUGGCCGCGGCGGCGAAAAACACCGACGGCCUCCCCCUCGUUCCCGGUUUUUAUCCCGAGACCUUCGACCACGUCCUCCUCGAUCCCCCCUGCUCUGCCUUGGGCCUCCGACCGCGGUUCUCCCUCCCCGUGCGGGGCCAAGACUUGGACGCGUUCGUGGCGUUCCAACGGAAGUUUUGGUGGGCGGCGGUGUUUUUGUUGCGAGUGGGGGGGAGCAUGACCUAUUCCACCUGUACCCUCAAUCCUCAGGAAAACGAGGACAUGGUUCGGUACGCCCUCGACACGUACUCGGUCUUGCAACUGGUGCCGGCUGAGCCACGCCUGGGGGCUCCGGGAGGGGGAAAGGCUCUGUCGGACGAAGAGAGGGGCAAGGUACAGCUUUUCUUGCCGGGGGGGGGAGGGAGGGAGGGCGGAUGGGAGGAAGGGGAAGAGGGAGACUUGGACGUGAGUGGUUUCUUUGUCGCAAAAUUUGUCAAAGUGGCGAGUGUUUUUGAGGGAAAGGAUGGGGAAGCUAAGGGGACAGCCUGGCAAGACGAGCGGAAUGACCGGGACAGCGGGUGGAAGAGAAGGGGUCCCCAAGGGGAGGAGGAGGAAGGAUAA